GCAAAACUAAACUUGUUCUGCUGGAAAGACUCGUAACGCAAACUAUGAUGUUUUCAAUUAAGUGUAGUAUAAAAUAUCUGAAAAUUCGCAUUGACUUUAUAUUAUUGAUUGUGUGUGUUUCUAUUCUUGCAGAGGAUGAACUGAGAUGGACAUAUUUAACUUGUUUCGCACUAUCAAGGACACUGUCAGAUCUCACUCUGGACCAAAUGUGAGCGCUGCAGCUCAGAGUGGAAGCCAUAUUACAGCCCCUGCACUCACUAACAAUACAAUAACAGGCAAUGUCCACAUCAUACAUAAUGCACCCGAUUAUCACCCACCCUCUGAGGAAACACAAACCUCGGCAACAAGCUCAGUGAUUUUAAAAUAUAAGAAGCUGAUCUGCAGUGAGUAUCAGUAUGUGACUGAGUAUAACUCUCUGCCUGGUGAACAUGCGCUGCUGUCUGAGCGCUUCACACAACCACUGAUCCUUCAGAGACAUAGAGAUCAAAAAGAGAGAGAAGAAGAGAUCCGCUCCAGGGGAGAAAGAUUCCAGCAGGUCCUCAGAUCCAGAAGCAGUGAAGACUCUGUCAAUUUGAACUCUCUGUUCGACCCAGAUGGCCAUGGGAUCAGUCCCAGAGCUGUUAUACUGCAGGGAAAUUCUGGGAAUGGGAAAUCUUUCACUGUUCAGAAGAUCAUGAUGGACUGGGCAUCUGGUGACCUCUACAAAGAGCGGUUUGAUAUUGUGUUCCACUUGAAGUGCAAAGAAAUAAACUUCAUUCCUGGCAAAAACAGUUUGGCGGAGAUCUUGAGUUACAGCUGCAGUUUAACAUCAGAUCAGAUCUCACAGAUGUUACAGCAUUCACCAGAGAAGGUGCUUUUCAUCAUUGAUGGAUUUGAUGAGCUGAGACUCACAGAGGGCAUUUAUUACAUGUCACCAAACACUAAUCUGCUUCAGAAAGCCUCACCUGUGGCCAUUCUUUGUGACCUUCUGAGGGGUCGAAUCCUGCGAGAGUCCUUCCUGCUGGUCACCUCCAGAUCUACAGCUACAGACACACUGAGUGAACUGCUCAAAAGACCUCAGCGUUUCUCUGAGAUAAUUGGUUUCUCUGAGAAGGGGGUGGAGGAGUACUUCCAGAAGUUUUUUCAGAAUGAGGAGUUUUCCAGGAAGGCUUAUACAUUUGUGAAGACAAAUGAAACUCUCAUCACUGCCUGCUCCAUCCCUGUUGUCUGCUGGAUCAUCUGCACAACUAUCCAGGAACGAUUCAAAACUUGUGCAAAUGUAACAAAUGGACUGGAAACCACCACCUCCAUCUACGUUGACUUUGUGUGCACUCUGCUGGAGCAUCACUGCCAGGGUCAGUCUGUCCCAACCCUGAUGAGGAGUCUGGGUCAGCUGGCAGAGAGAGGGAUUCUGGAACAGCAAGUCCUGUUUGAUGAGAAAAGAGUGAAUAAAAUGGUUUCAAACCCUUCUGACUGUCCAUUCUUGUGUAAAAUCCUUUUUAAGAGAAGAAUCCACCAGGAGACAAUGUUCAGUUUCAUGCAUCUCAGCUUUCAGGAGUUCUUCACUGCUCUGUACUAUGUCCUUCUGGAUAAAGAAGAGUCCAAGAGGAAACUUACAGAACUACUUGUCAUUAAAGAAAGACCAAUAAUUUUUUCUCUACGUUUACCAGCUGUGGUAGAAUUUGCAUAUGGUCUGUUGAAUAAGGAUGUGAGAUGCACACUAAAAAAACAUGGUCUGUUUGUUUGUCCAAAAACACAGGCUUAUCUGAAAGAAUGGACUUUGAAAAUGCUUGCAUAUUACACGGAAAGACAUGUUAUGUUAAAGGUGCAGAUUGCGGUAGGUUUUAUGUGCGUGUAUAUUUUCGCUGAGAAAAGAAAGAAAAAAAAAAUGACUGAGAACACUGCAUAGCCCAUACACCAGGACAUUUGACUGCACACAGGAAAUACAUUAGCACAAGGGUUUAAAUAAAUAAAAAGUAUAAAACGUUUUAUAUAAUGUACAUCCAUGAGAUUUCCAUGCUCCACUUUUAAGUUACGUGUCACCUAGCCACAACCUACAGAUCCCAGCAUAAACUGUGAUACAUUAUAAUAUUCGUUAUUAAAGUAUCAACAUCAUUCAGAAACAAAAGCAAGUAUGCGUGCAUGAUUGGCAUGGCAGAAUGCGCGCAACAUGCGCUUCCUUUAUAAUCACUAAAAAGAUGAAAGUUUGUCUCAAUUUCACAAUGCUUCAGUGACUGCACACUGAAUCUUAAAUAAUGUCUACACUUUGUUUUAAACAGAUGAUUUGAACAAAAACUCCUGCGUUUUCAGAAAUCAACAGAUUUUUCUGUGACAUUGCUCAAUGCUGCGAAAACACAUAAUUAGAAACUCUGUCUAUGCUUAAGGGGAAAAACUAGGGCUGUGUUCCACUCCAGUUUUAGACAUGCACUCGCGAACUUCCCUAAGCACUUCCCCUCGGGGGAAUCCCUGCCGCCAUUUUGAAGUUUGUUCCACUUGGUGAAGUGGACAAGGGAAGUUUAUAUGGACAGACCCUCGCUCCGUUGAUUUUGACCGAGUGAGCAAGUCUACUUCAUAUGUACACUUAAGGCAGCGCCAAAUACCACAAAGCAACACGAUUGUGAUGUCACUGCAUAUCGCACUUAAAGGGAUAGGUCACCCAAAAAUGAAAAUUUGAUAUUUAUCUGCUUACCCCUAGGGCAUCCAAGAUGUAGGUGACUUUGUUUCUUUAGUAGAAUACAAAUUAUGGUUUUUAACUCCAACU